AUCUGCAACAGUGUAAAGUGUUUAGUGCUAAAGAUCAUAACAAAAGUUGCCAGCUGCAUAGCAACUUUGAUAUCAUCGAGUUUUGGCAACGUUUGCGUCAAUUCGAUACUUUGGUUUUUGGUCAAUUUCAUUACACUCAGCAGGCAAUCAAAAAAUUUGCCAAAAUUCCGAAAAAUCCGAGAAAAACACCAAAAACAUCGACACGUACCGCAUCGGCAACCGGUGGCGGUGGCGGAGGUGCUGGCGGAGGUGCCACCACCAGCACAAAAAUGGCAUCUAAAAGAAAAGCAUCGGUGUUGCUGCACAAGGAAACCAUACCAGCAACACCGGCCACGAGCACCGACACCAGCAGCCUAGUCAGUGUAGGCGGCGGCAUUGGUGGCGGUGGAGGCGGCGGCGGCGGCGGCGGCGGCGGUGGAGGUAUUGUCGGUGCCGGCAGCGGACUGGUUGACAUUGCGAGCAGCCUGGGCGGAGGUGUGACCAGCGAGUCGGAGGCCUACGCGGGUCUCAUGAAGGAUGCGGACAAACUGAAGCUAAUGCUGCUCGCCUGGAACUAUCAGAACUCGACGGCGGUGCGCAAUGGCACCGAGGGACCCGACCUCAGCGUUGUGGGUGGCCUCUGGGCGCAGUAUCAGAAUGCUUUGGCCCAAAAUGCCGCAGCGGUGGCGGCGGCCAGCGGCAAAAUGGACAGCUCUCUGUCGCCGGUGCCCAGGCAGGAUACGAAUUCGCCCAUGGAGGCGCAGGAUGAGACAAACUCGUCGGGGCAGAAAGAGGAGGAUGAGGUUUCCGAAGAUGAUUCCGAUGACAAACUGGACGAGAAACUGGCCACCACACACGAUCCCGAGCGCCUCAAGGCCUUCAAUAUGUUCGUGCGUUUGUUUGUGGACGAGAACCUGGACCGCAUCAUACCCAUCUCCAAGCAGCCAAAGGAAAAGAUCCAGGCCAUCAUCGAUUCGUGCGCCCGACAAUUUCCCGAGUUCAGCGAUCGUUCCCGCAAACGUAUUCGCACCUAUCUCAAGUCGUGCCGUCGCAACAAGAAAACACGAGACGGCUGGGAGAAUACGACUCGACCGACGCCCGCUCACUUGACCUCCGUGCAGGCGGAACAAAUCCUGGCAAUUGCCUGCGAGAACGAAUCGAUGAACGCGAAGCGUAUGCGCAUCGGCCUAGAGCCAAUCACCCAUGCGGUGCCGGCGCCGGGCAGCGUUGUUGCCGCUGCAGCGGCCGCAGCAGCUGUUGCCGGCACCAGCAGCACGUCCGCGAGCAACGCCGCCACCGUCACCUGCACAGCAGCCGAUGCGGCUGGAUUGAGCAGCGUGGCGGCCGCAGCGCUGCCAUUUGUGAGCGCCGUGGGCUUUGCACGCUCCACGCCCAACUCGGAGCACGCGGACGCAGCUUUCGGCGGGGCGGCCAACAUUGCCGGCGCUGGCAGUGCUGGCGGCAACAGCGCCAGCGGUGCAGCCGGCGGCGGCACUGGUGGCAUGAGCUCGGCGCGCAGCUCACCGCUGGCACUCAGCUCGAAUGCCAGCAUCGGGGGCGCCAGUGUGACGGGCUUGGCGCUGGCCAACGGCGCUGGGGCAUCGAAUGGCGCCGGCCUGCCCUCCAGCAGUCCCUAUACCACGGACUUUAGCUCGCCAACGGCGGCCUCGCCUUUUGUGGCAGCUGCAGCGGCAGCGGCUGUGGCAGCCGGACGUGCGCCCAGCUACCCCGGCUAUUUUCCGGGCGUCGCCGGCCUGGGUAAUGUUACGCCCACCGAUCUCUCCAUGAAACCAACGUCGCUGAGCGCUGGCAGCGGCCUCGCCGGCGGCGGCAGCAGCAACAACAGCAACACAGUCAGCGCACAGCUGAGUGCCGCCAAUCUGGCCGCACUGAGCAAUGCCAGCAACAACAAUGCGCUGGUCACCGCCACACAGCAGCUGCAGCAGCUACAGCAGCAACAGCAACAACAACAACAACAGCAACAGCAGCAGCAGCAGCAACAGCAGCAACAACAACAGCAGCAGCAGCAACAACAGCAGCAACAACAGUUGCUCGCCGCAUCCGGCGACGGCAACUGCUCGCGUGUGCCGCCCAUACUUCCACACAAGCUGAGCCCCAACGAGAUGACCGCUGCCCGGCAGGUCAUCUCGGCGUACAGGGAGAGCGCUGCUUUUCUGCUGCGCACCGCUGACCAGGUGGAGCAGCUGCUCGUCCAGCAGCAGUAGGCGUGGCAAGGUGACAUCAUUCCACUCCUGAUCGUGCAUAUUGUACUGAUUGACGCGCAGCUGAGUGCCAGCCAGGGACACGCCCGUCAUCUCAUCCUGAAGCGUGGCUAUCUCGAAGGCGCCAGGAAUGACAUGAUGCAAAAGCAGCUGCAAAAGAAAAAUCAUAAAACAGCACACACACGUGCGGCUAUUACCCAAAUCCCAAUUUAAAUGCCCAAACCUUAAACACAUUCAUAAUUCGGAUAUUGCAUAAUUUAUGCAACUAGAAAAAAAAGAGUUCGUAGCGAAAUCUAAAUUAAUAAAUUGAUGCCUCGAGGGCUUUACAAAUGGUGUCAAACGUCAAUAGACGCACAACAACUGGAAGAGUGGAAACUGGUGCACGAAUUAACUGAUGGGUUACUAUAAAAAUCGCACGGACUAUUUUUAUGAAGUUCAUGGAUCAUAAGCCAACUGUAAUUGACGGGCAGAUCAACUAGGUAAGUU